UGGGACAGCAUUAGUGACUCUGGCUGGAACGCAACUCGCUAGCUAAUCACCAUUCCUUCUUCGUCUCCUUGCACUGUGACAUCUUCCAUCUCUUCCUUGGCGCCCCGUUUCCUUUCUUUUUCCUUUUCCUUUUCUGUGACCCGCCGGUGAUGACGGUGCCUUGGAGAGGGGUUUUGUAAAGAGGUGAACACGAAGCUGGAAACGGAGUUUGAAGCGAGGCGAGGAGAUCGAACCUGAGAAUAGGAAUCGAAGAAAAUUCGAGGCUCUGAUGGUAAGAAAAGGGUCCUAGGGUUUAUAAGGUGCUACGAUCCGCCAUUUGAAGCGCUUGGUGGAAAUGGGUCUGAAUGGGAAAUAGGUUUGAAGCGCUUCCCGGUAACUAUUGUUCAUCUGGUCCCCGGCUUCUUGAUCUGCUGCCCUGCUGGGCUCAAUCUCUGUUCUGAUGCACACGUGUGCAUCUGAUUGAUUUUACACAUUUUUUGUGCUUUCUGUUUCAGGUGCUCCCUAGGUUCCCUUUAUAUCUUUGAUCUUAGAUUUGUUCUCAGAUUUGGGGCUCUUUGUAUUUGGAUUGGGAUCUUCCUCUCUCGUAGUACACUACUCCCUAUGAUAAUAACAUUUCUUUCUGGGAUAACAACUACUACAAAAAGAACAGAAAGAUAUAGGCUACGAGCAUCAAUGAAAAGAAAUGGGUCUGACUGGGAGAGUGAAGCUUUUUAAUUUUGAUCGGAAAUGGGUUCGAUAUGAAAGAUGUUUUUCUGUUGAUUCUUUGUUUAAUUUUGGUUUUUGUUUGGUUUCUGUUUGUUGAUUCAUGUUUUUCUGGUUGGUUUCUGAGAGAAAGAUGGGUUUGUUCGUGAUGGAGUGGAUUGGGAAUAAGAUAAAGAGGAGGGGUUGUUAAAGCGGUAUGAAGAGCUUGAUACGGAUGCAGGCAGAAAACCCCACCAAAUGUAAUCUUUGUGUGGCAAGUACCGUCGGCCUUAGACAUGUCACAUGCGAUAAUAGGAUAAUGGUAACUAAUAUUAGCCACAACUCACACACGCAUGCGCGAGCCUGGUCUAUCAUAUAGUCAUAUACAUAAGACGAAGUUUGGUUGUGAAUGGAAAAGCACGGGGAUCGAGUUGCAAUGGAGAAGAAUAGCUGCAAGGUAUGUGUUACGGGAGGUGCAGGCUUCAUUGGCUCUUCGCUAGUAAAGAAGCUUUUGCACAAAGGAUAUACUGUUCAUGCCACACUGAGGAACUUAGAUGAUAGGUCCAAGGUAGGCCUUCUAAAGAGCUUUCCUGAGGCAGACAAAAGAUUAGUGUUGUUUGAAGCUGACAUUUACGAUCCUGAUGCGUUUGAGCAUGCAAUAAAAGGCUGUGAAUUUGUUUUCCAUGUUGCAACUCCCUUGCAACACAACAAGGGCUCUGAUCAGUACAGAAACAUAACUGAAGCCGCGAUUGCUGGGGCAAAGAGCAUUGCAAUGUGUUGUGGUAGAGCAGGAACAGUUAGGCGACUAAUCUACACAGCCUCUGUGGUUUCCGCAUCUCCUCUGAAACAUGAUGGAAGUGGUUUCAAAGACUUGAUGGAUGAAACAUGUUGGACGCCUCUGAAUCUUUCAUUUGCUUACUGUAAUGAUUCACUAAAGGACUAUACAGAUUCGAAGACAAUGGCAGAGAAAGAGAUCCUGAGGUAUGGUGACAACAAUAACGGUGAUGGAUCAUUGGAGGUGGUAUCCCUGCCCUGUGGCCUUGUGGGAGGGAAUACACUCUUAUCAUCCAUACCCAGUAGCACGGCUAUACUUAUCUCCCAGCUUACCAACAUGGCCAAUGAGCAGCGAACGCUAAAUAUUUUGGAGGAACUUCUCGGAAAGAUUCCAGUCGUGCAUAUUGAUGAUGUCUGUGAAGCCCAUAUCUUCUGUAUGGAGAAGGAUUCAAUCAAUGGUAGAUUCUUGUGUGGAAGCUCUUAUGUUUCAUCCCCAGAAAUAGCCAAUCACUGUCGACAACAUUACCCAGAUCAGUUUCAUGUAUUUGGAUAGGCCGGAAAGGAAAAUCGAGUGGGGUUCCAAAAAGCUUAUUGAGAAAGGUUUUGUAUACAAAUGUGAUUUGAAGAUGAUAAUAGAUGAAAGCAUCGAGUCUGCAAGGAGGUUGGGCUAUCUCUAGUGGUAACUUGCUUUGCCCUACAUGAGGAGAAACAAAGGGAGGCCUUUGACUAAAUGCCAAUGGCCCUCCUAUAUAUCCAAUAUCAUGGAAAGGUCCACUCCAUUGAGUGGGCUUGGAACCUGUUGUUGGCUAGCUAGUUAAGUAGAGUAUGUGCUGUGUUAAUUAAAUACUCUUGGGCUAUAUACUAUUUAUGUUAAUUACAUCUCUUUGUCACUUGCUGUAAUUAAUCAAGUUGAUUUGUUGAACCUGUUGCUUGCUGCAUAGAGAAACAACUCUGGAUGUUUAAGAAGAUUGAGGUGAUAAUGUUGAAACUGAUCUUUAGAAA